GCUCGGGGAGCGCACACAUGGCUCGUGUGACAGCAGCGGCGCACAGAAGCUGCAGUGAGAUGCAGCGAGCAAUACAGCUGGGAGACAGGCAGCGAGGCAGGCACCCGGCCAGGGACUGAAAUGAUCCUCCCGCGAGCCGGUCUGCAGUGCCUCUGAAAAGUGGCCGGCUACUGCGCAGGAGCUCAGCUUCCUCUGCAAUUACUCUGUGGUGUAACUGAGUUCCCCUCCGUGACUGCAGCCUCUGUGCUGCUUUCCUCUUUUUUUUUUUUUUUCCCUCCUGUCUGCUUCUCUCUCCUUCUCGUGUCCUUUUCUCCAGGAUGGCGGAAGCAGAAUUGCACAAGGAAAGGCUCCAAGCCAUAGCAGAGAAAAGGAAAAGGCAGACAGAAAUAGAAGGCAAGAGACAACAGCUUGAGGACCAGAUACUUCAGCUGCAGCAUUUCAAGUCCAAAGCCCUUCGGGAAAAAUGGCUGCURCAGGGAAUUCCUGCUGGCUCUGCAGAAGAGGAAGAAGCCAGAAGGAGGCAGUCAGAAGAGGAUGAGCUGAAGGUCAAAAAGCUGGAAGAAAACAUACACAGGCUGGAACAAGAAAUAGAGAAAUUAGAAAGUGAGGAAUCCCAAAUAUCUGCCAAAGAACAAAUCAUUUUGGAGAAGCUAAAGGAGACUGAGCAAUCCUUUGACGACUUGCAAAAGAGGUUCUCACACCAGGAUGGUGAUGCAGUAAAUUACAUUUACUCCCAGAUCCCUGAACUCCCAACCCUCUAUUCACGAACAGCAGAGGCAGUUCCUGGGCGGGACGCAGCGAGCAGAGUAGCUGCUUUGUACACCAUGGAAAUUAAUGUGGAGAAAGACAAACAGACAGGAGAGACCAAGAUUGUCUCUGCUUCACCUAUUGGCCCAGAUGGGGCCCAUCAAAAAGGAUUCAAAGUCUUUGAUGAUGGUACCAAGGUAGUCUAUGAGGUUCACUCUGGUGGCACAGUGGUAGAAAAUGGAGUACAUAAAUUAAGCUCAAAGGACGUAGAUGAACUUAUGCAAAAAGCUGGACAAUCAAGUGUAAAAGGAGGGUAUGAAACAAUGACUGUGUCAGACAGAAAUGUGGUAGCAGAUGGAAACUUUAGCCAUAUGAAGGAGCAAAUGCUCUUCAAGGAGGCAAAGCUGGAAAUGGUAUGCAAACCCAGCAAAGGGAAGCCUGUGAACCCUCAGCCCCAAGAUAAACCCUGUGGUGGUGGUGAAGCCCCAGAGGCCGGCAGAGAUCAGCCAGUGACCAUGAUAUUUAUGGGCUACCAGAGCAUCGAUGAUGAAGAGGAGACAAAGAAAGUGCUGGGCUAUGAUGAAACAAUCAAGGCAGAAUUGGUCCUGAUUGAUGAAGAUGACGAAAAGUCGCUGCGGGAGAAGACAGUGACAGACAUCUCCACCAUGGAUGGGAACGCCGCUGAGCUGGUCUCUGGCAGGCCRCUUUCAGACACGACAGAGCCCUCUUCUCCAGAGGGCAAAGAAGAAAGCCUGCCCUUGGAAGCCGCCCCAGGUACACAAAAGAAAAAGCGCUGUCAAUGCUGUAUUGUCAUGUGAACACUUCCUCCUUCCCUUCCAGGCAACACCUGCUCCGUCACUUACCUAGACCUCACUGUACUUCUAACUGCAAUACUGUGAACUGGAAGUGGUUGCCUCCAUUGCCUUGCAGUUGGGUUGUUUUUGGUUUCUAGUUCUCCAAGAAGAUGAACACAYGGUUAUUUUCCCAUCAAGCAUACGACUGGGAGGGUUCAGGGAGAAUUUUUUUUUCUUAAUAUUACAGAGUGAGAGACAAAURAGAAAC